GUGCAGAAGAUAAGCUAAGGGCUAUAAGCAAGCAAGGACCAAGGGGACCAGAGAAAACAACUACAGAAAGCACAAGAGAGGAAGCAGUCCAAACACAAAGUUAAGGCAGAAGAGAAGCCAAUAAUUCCCAACAUGCACCACAAGAGAAACCAACCUGUGCUUGGCCAAGAGGUCUUUAAAAAGCCUCACACCUGCCUAGGCACACACAUGCUAGAGGUGGUACAGUUUUUCCAUGCACUGGGGAAGAAGACUGACAAGAGAGCUGGGCUCUUCUCUUCCCAGGCCCUGGGAAUUUCAAGCAGCACCAAAAACCCCAAGCCACUGCCACCAACCAAACCAGGGCUAAGGCACAACAGGAAGGGGUCCGACAGGGCUCAGGUCAGCUGCCUGAAACCACAUAGCCGUCCUAAAACAGAGGCUCCAUCUCCACCCCUGCAUCAGCUACCACCACCUGGAAAGGCCAAGUUAACACCUUUGCCUUUUCCCAGCCCAGACAAGCUUCAAGCAUGACCCAUAUCUCAAAGGCCACAGCCUCUAGCUUCACGUUGGCCCACUGUAGCUUACCCUGCCUGACCUACUGCUACUAGCAUAGCUCACUCAUCCCAAUCAGCUGCUGCCCACACCUCUCCAAAGGUUCUUGUCAAACCAGCUCAGCCAGUCCUUGACAACAUCAGCCAACUGGACUCAACCACCUCUACCCAUCUUGGUCUUCUUCAGUCUGCUGCUUCUAUUCCCGCACCCCACAAAACAUUACCUUGUGCCUCCUUUUGGCAGGAGCCUGCUGCCAUUGCUGUGACCAAGUGCCGGUCCCUGCCUAAGCUGCAAAACCAAUUCUCCUCCAAGAUUUCCACUACCAACCAAUUCCCCAGAAGGAACCUAGUAUUCCUAAGCCAGUAAUGUCAACCCCUGUCACAGAAGAACAGAGGCCAGAGUGUGAAGCCAUGAAGAGGCAGGCUCAGAAAGAAUGACAGCUGGCCACCAAACAUACCUCUUUAGUGAAACUGCAGUUUUUCAGGCAGAGGGAGAAAGACUGGGGAGUUGCUUAGUACUACGGGUAAGCAAGCUGAGAGCUGCCAAGACUGUGCCACAUCGGGUACCAAGUGACCUUCCACACAGAGAUAUUAGAGACAGAUGAAAAUGUAUUUAUUCUGAUGUACUGUUUACGAUUAAUAUUACUGCAUACUGUUCAGGAGAUGGUACAGAAGAAGCAACAGAUAAGGAAGAAAGCCGCUUUUUGAGUUCUGAGAUACUGUACACUGUGGGGGUUUUUGGUACAGGUGGGGAUUAAAGGCUACAGUAGAAAGGAUGAACUUAAGGUGGAGAGAACAUGGAUACACAGGAUAAGAAAUGAGGAAGGAAAAAGAAGUAAAAUUCAAGUCUAGGAAGGCCAAAGAAGAGAGAUCACAUGGUCUUACAACCAUCAUGAAGGGGUUAAAAUGGCAGGAGACACAAAGUCUGGUGCCAGGAUAAUAGGGAUACAAUUUGGAAAAGGUACAAGAUGGCACAAGAAGGGUGUGAGUUGACUAGAGGAAUGAUAAAACAUCUCUCAUGGAAAAGUGCCUCCUGUCUCCUGACCAAUCAGAACUUCUUGGUCCUGAUGUCUGACCAUGGAGAUGUGAGCCUCCCACCCGAAGACCGGGUGAGGGCUCUCUCGCAGCUGGGCAGUGCAGUAGAGGUGAAUGAAGACAUUCCACCCCGUCGGUACUUCCGCUCUGGAGUUGAGAUUAUUCGAAUGGCAUCCAUUUACUCUGAAGAAGGCAACAUUGAACAUGCCUUCAUCCUCUAUAACAAGUAUAUCACGCUCUUCAUUGAGAAACUACCAAAGCAUCGAGAUUACAAAUCGGCUAUCAUUCCUGAAAAGAAAGAUACUGUAAAGAAGUUAAAGGAAAUUGCAUUUCCCAAAGCAGAAGAGCUGAAGGCAGAGUUGUUAAAACGAUAUACCAAAGAAUAUGCACAAUAUAAUGAAGAAAAGAGGAAAGAGGCGGAGGAAUUUGCCCGGAACAUGGCCAUCCAGCAAGAGCUGGAAAAGGAAAGACAGCGGGUAGCCCUACAAAAGCAGCAACAGUUGGAACAGGAACAGUUUCAUGCCUUUGAGGAGAUGAUCCGGAACCAGGAACUAGAAAAGGAGCGACUCAAAAUUGUACAGGAGUUUGGGAAGGUGGACCCUGGCCAAGGUGGCCCGCUGGUACCUGACUUGGAAAAGCCCUCUUUAGAUGUGUUCCCCACCUCACCCGUCUCAUCCACACAGCCUUCAGACUGUAAUUCAGCCCUAAGGCCAGCCAAGCCACCAGUAGUGGACAGGUCCUUGAAACCUGGAGCGCUGAGCAACUCUGAAAGUAUUCCUACAAUCGACGGCUUGCGUCACGUGGUGGUACCCGGGAGGCUGUGCCCACAGUUUCUUCAGUUAGCCAGUGCCAACACUGCCCGGGGAGUAGAAACGUGCGGAAUUCUCUGCGGAAAACUGAUGAGGAAUGAAUUUACCAUUACCCACGUUCUCAUCCCCAAGCAAAGUGCUGGGUCUGAUUAUUGCAACACAGAGAAUGAAGAAGAACUUUUCCUCAUACAAGAUCAGCAGGGCCUCAUCACACUGGGCUGGAUUCAUACUCACCCCACACAGACCGCCUUUCUUUCCAGCGUUGACCUGCACACUCACUGCUCCUACCAGAUGAUGUUGCCAGAGUCCAUAGCCAUUGUCUGCUCCCCCAAGUUCCAGGAAACCGGAUUCUUUAAAUUAACUGACCAUGGACUAGAGGAGAUUUCUUCCUGUCGUCAGAAAGGAUUUCAUCCACACAGCAAAGAUCCACCUCUGUUCUGUAGCUGUAACCAUGUGACUGUUGUGGACAGAGCAGUGACCAUCACAGAUCUUCGAUGAGGAUUUGACUCACACACCUUAUCAGUGUACUGUAGCCCCUUAAUUUGAGCUUUCCAGAAAGCUUUGGAAGAUUUUUAACACAGAAUAGGACAUGGGUAUCACUUGGGGAAGAACUGAUUUUCUGUAUCAGUUCGAUAAGGUUUUUAGGCAAAUCUGAAAAGGAGCAUGAUCACACAAAAGCAACUAACUGAAAAAUUAAAUUGAAAGAAUGGUAUAAUGAACCCUUCUUCCAGGUCCACAAAUCGUUAACCUUCCAUUGCUCUCAGCUAUCUUCUAACUUCCCUGCCAACUUGUUUAUUAUCUACCUUUGAAUUAAAUGAGGGCGUCUAUGCAGAAAUUUGGAAGCCAUGUUGAAACCCUUUGGGAUUGUCCUGCGGUUCGGGCAAUAUUGAUGGCACUGAUUACGGGGGUGAGGGGCAGCUUACUAUGUCUGAGCAGAUGAUGGGGCUCAGGAUCCCUGAAGAAUGAUGUUAUCAGGAAUUAUGUUAUUUAACAAAUACUUCGGGAUAUUUUUCCUCUAUAAUAAAAUAACACUUAACUUAU